AUGUUUAGUGCUCCUCAAAGCUCCAAGUCUGAAUUCCUGGAUAAAGCCAGGCAGGCUAGAGAGGAGAGGAAAGGUCAGAAGGAGAAGGAGAGAGCAGCAAUCCUCAUCCAAGCCCUGGUCAGACGAUUUCUAUGUCGCUGCAGACUCCAGAAGCAAAUAAGGAAAGAUGUUGAUGACUAUUUUCAGUCUUCUGCUGCAACAUCAAAAAGAAAUGCACUUUCAAUUUUUAAAAUUGCUCGUAAAUUACUAUUCAUUUUCCAUUCAGAGGAUAAAGCGAGGUUUGAACAGCUGUGUAGGGCUAUUCUUGCCAGCAUGGAAGUUGAAAAUGAGCCUAAAGUCUGGUAUGUAUCUUUGGCACUGUCCAAAGAUCUCACAAUCCCUUGGUUGAAACAGAUUAAAGAUGUGCUAUGGACCUGCUGUCAACUAUUGAAAAACCUCAAGCCUGAUAUACUGCAGGAUAAUAAAUUGGUCACGUUGUACCUUACCAUGCUGGUCACAUUUACAGACACAUCAACAUGGCGGAUUGUCAGGGGGAAGGGAGAAGCGCUCCGACCUGCUUUGACAAGAAUCUGUGAGAAUAUCAUGGGUUAUCUCAAUCAAAAGGGAUUCUAUUCAACACUACAGAUCUUGCUGACCAGUGGCCUGGCUCGUUCGAAACCAGCUCUCUCUAAAGGCACUUUAACAGCUAUCUUUACAUUGUCACUAAGACCAGUCGUCGCUGCUCACUACUCAGAAAACCUGCUCAGAUCAUUCCUCAUUCACAUCAUGUCAGUUCCAGCUGUUACGUCCCACCUAUGUACGCUCACUCCAGAGUGUGUUACUUCAAUUCAGACACAUGGCCUUUUAAAGAAGUUUAUCGUGUUUCUCAGCCGUGAGGAGCAGUGUUCCGAUAUCUGUGUGUGUCUUGAGGGAAGCCACACACUCUGCUUGCUUGGCAACCUGAUUCACCUGGGUUUCCUCAAUGAGCGGAUCAUAGAAGAGGAGACCAAUCGCUUUGUGAAGGACCUGACUGACAUGUUAGCCUAUUGUCAGAGAUAUGUGUCUCAAAAGAAGUCUAACCUUACUCACUGGCAUCCAGUUUUGGGCUGGUUCUCCCAAACUGUAGAUUAUGGUCUUAACGAAUCAAUGCCGCUGGUCAUCAAGCAGCUGCAGUAUCUGUGGGGUGUGCCUGUCAUCCGGACUCUCUUCAAUGACGUCCUCUCGAAGAAGCUAGAAAGUCAAGAGCCCACUCCUUUACCUGCACAACCUAGCACGUCGCAAAAUAACCUGCCAGUUAAAAGCCUCUUUAAGCGAGCGUUUCAAAAGUCUGCCUCGGUACGAAACAUUUUGAAGCCGGUUGGAGGGAAGAGAGUGGACUCUGCUGAAGUUCAGAAGGUGUGCAGCAUUUGCGUGCUUUACCAGACUGCUCUGUCCACAUUGACGCAAAUACGCCUUCAGAUUCUCACUGGACUGACGCACCUCGAUGACCUUUUGCCCAAAUUGUGGGCUUUUAUUUGCGAGCUUGGUCCACAGGGAGGCCUCAAACUUUUCAUGGAGUGUCUCAACAAUGAUACAGAGGAGUCCAAACAGCUUCUCGCCAUGCUCAUGCUCUUCUGCGAUUGUUCGCGUCACCUCAUCACAAUCCUGGAUGACAUUGAAGUCUAUGAAGAACAAACCUCCUUCAAGAUAGAGGAGCUCAUCACUAUCUCUUCAUUUCUUAACACAUUUGUGUACAAAAUGAUAUGGGAUGGUAUUCUAGAGAAUGCCAAGGGGGAGAAACUGGAGUUGUUCCACAGUGUUCAUGGCUGGUUGAUGGUGCUUUAUGAACGAGACUGCAGGAGAAGAUUUACCCUUGAUGACCACUGGUUACGCAAGGACUUAAAACCAAGCUUGUUGUUCCAAGAGCUUGAGAAAGGCAAGAAAAGGGCCCAGCUGUUACUGCAAUACAUCCCGCAUGUUAUUCCUCAUAAAAAUCGAGUGCUGCUGUUUCGGAACAUUGUCACCAAGGAAAAAGAGAGUCUCGGCUUGAUAGAAACCAGCUCUGCCUCGCCACACGUCACCCAUAUAACCAUUCGCCGUUCACGCAUGUUAGAAGAUGGUUAUGAUCAGCUCCGCCGGCUACCUGUCAAUUCCAUAAAAGGUGUCAUUCGUGUGAAGUUUGUGAACGACCUGGGAGUGGAUGAAGCCGGUAUCGACCAAGACGGUGUUUUUAAAGAGUUUCUAGAAGAGAUCAUUAAAAAAGUGUUCAACCCUGCUCUCAACCUAUUCAAGACCACAAGUGGAGAUGAGAGGCUUUAUCCUUCACCUACUUCCUACAUCCAUGAGAACCAUUUGCAGCUUUUUGAGUUUGUGGGGAAGAUGUUGGGGAAAGCCAUAUAUGAGGGCAUUGUGGUGGAUGUCCCUUUUGCCUCCUUUUUCCUAAGUCAAGUUUUGGGUCAUCAUCACAGCACUUUCUAUAGCUCCAUUGAUGAGCUGCCAUCGCUGGAUUCUGAGUUUUACAAGAACCUCACAUCCAUCAAGCGUUAUGAUGGAGAUGUAGGGGACCUUGGACUUUCAUUAUCCUAUGAUGAAGAUGUAAUGGGACAGCUAGUUUGUCAUGAAUUGAUACCUGGAGGGAAGACAAUGCCAGUCACCAAUGAAAAUAAGUUCAGCUACAUCCACCUCAUGGCUCACUUCCGGAUGCACACUCAGAUCAAGGAGCAAACCGCAGCUUUCAUCCGAGGCUUUCGCAGCAUUAUCCACCCGGAAUGGUUGCACAUGUUUUCGACACCCGAGGUUCAGCGUCUAGUCUCGGGAGACAAUGCCGAGAUUGACUUGGAUGACCUCAAGAAGCACACAGUCUAUUAUGGAGGUUUUCAUAGCAGCCAUCGUGUCAUCAUAUGGCUGUGGGACAUCUUGUCCAGCGACUUCACAGCGGAGGAAAGGGCAAUGUUCCUCAAAUUUGUUACCAGCUGCUCAAGACCACCUCUCCUAGGUUUUGCCUACCUCAAGCCACCCUUUUCAAUCCGUUGUGUGGAGGUGUCAGAUGAUCAGGACACUGGCGACACCCUUGGCAGCGUCCUCAGAGGUUUUUUCACCAUCCGUAAAAAGGAGCCUGGUGGUAGACUGCCUACUUCAUCCACAUGCUUCAACCUGCUUAAGCUGCCCAAUUACAGCAAGAAGAGCAUUUUGCGUGACAAGCUACGCUACGCCAUCAGUAUGAACACCGGCUUUGAGCUUUCAUAA